AACAACUUCCGCUACUUUGCCGGAAGUGACGAAAUAAAGUAAACAGAGAACCUGUCAGUGGAUCUACAAAUUCAAACAGUGGCGACUAAAAGAAGCAAAUUUAAAAUAUAUAUCACUUACAUAUUACGGGACAUUGAAUGAGAAACUGGUGUGAAUCCUAAUAAAGGUUUCACGGGGACAGAAGUGACUCUGUCCUGAAAUGUUCACAGACAUGGACUAUGAAUUGGAGGAGGACAAGCUGGGGAUACCAACAGUACCUGGUACUGUGUGUCUGAAGAAAGAUGCUAAUAAUCUUAUUGGCAUCAGUAUUGGUGGUGGGGCUCAGUACUGUCCUUGCCUCUAUAUUGUCCAGGUCUUUGAUAACACCCCGGCAGCUCUGGAUGGGACACUGGCAGCAGGCGAUGAAAUCACUGGCGUGAAUGGGAAACCAGUGAAGGGAAAGACUAAAGUGGAAGUGGCUAAGAUGAUUCAAGCUGUCCAGGGAGAAGCAACAAUCCACUACAACAAACUGCAGGCAGACCCAAAACAGGGGAAGUCUCUGGAUAUAGUGCUGAAAAAGGUCAAACAUCGGCUGGUGGAGAAUAUGAGCUCAGGAACAGCAGACGCUCUCGGACUGAGUAGAGCUAUCCUCUGCAAUGAUGGACUGGUCAAAAGACUGGAAGAGCUGGAGAAGACAGCAGAGCUCUACAAAGGGCUGAUGGAGCACACAAAGAGGCUGCUCAGAGCUUUUUUUGAGCUUUCUCAAACUCACAGAGCGUUUGGUGAUGUUUUCUCUGUCAUUGGGGUUCGAGAACCCCAGGCUGCAGCCAGUGAGGCAUUUGUUAAGUUUGCUGAUGCUCACCGCAACAUUGAGAAAUAUGGGAUUCAGCUGCUAAAGACCAUCAAACCUAUGCUUCAUGACCUGAACACGUACCUUCACAAGGCCAUACCAGACACAAAGCUCACCAUCCGCAAGUACCUGGAUGUGAAGUUUGAAUAUCUGUCAUACUGCUUGAAGGUGAAGGAAAUGGAUGAUGAAGAAUACAGCAGUAUUGCCAUGGGAGAGCCUCUGUAUCGUGUCAGCACCGGUAACUAUGAGUACCGUCUGGUGCUGAGGUGUCGGCAGGAGGCUCGGGCUCGCUUCGCCAAAAUGAGGAAGGAUGUUCUGGAGAAGAUUGAGCUGCUGGAUCAGAAACAUGUCCAGGACAUUGUGUUCCAGCUGCAGCGCUUCGUCUCAGGCAUGUCUCAUUACUAUGACGAGUGCUACGCCGUUCUGAAGGAGGCGGAUGUCUUUCCCAUCGAAGUGGACCUCUCCCGCACCAUGAUCAACUACAGCAGCCAGUCGCUGUCCUACACUGAAGAUGAGGAGGAGGAGGAGGACGGGAGAGGCAGAGAGGAAGGAGGGGGCGGUGCAGGAAGACAAGCAGAGAACGGCGCUGAGAAACUGAUUGAUGACGAAUGAGUGUGUGUGUGUGUGUGUGUGUGUGUGUGUGUGGUGUGUGUGUGUGUGGAGAUGAAGUCCACUCUCAAAUGUACAUAAGUGUACAUUUGCAUUUAAUGUCAACACACUCACCAAGCAGUGAUGUUUAAGGUGCAGCGUAGCAGCUGGAAAGGUUUACACUGUUUGAGUGAACACUACUGAAAAUUGCUGCUAUCGUGCUGUAUGUUGGUCUUUGGUGUUUUCUUCCUGGGAUAUCAGCAGCUUUGUGGUUAUUUUACUGUAACACUUUAUCAUUGCUCAUUUUGACUUUAAAACUUCUCCUUAAAGAAACAGCCUUUGCUUUUUAAUAUGACUGUCCUCCACAUCUAAGGUCAUAACGAAAUGAGAGACACACAAAAAACAGAAGGCACCUUUAUUUUAAUCUGAAUACUGCGGAAGGUUUUUCAUACAGCAGAGUAUGAACUUUUUACAUAUGAGUUGUGCCUUCUCAGCUCGUAGUUUAAUGAAGUCUAAUGGGUUCUGGGAUGUGUUUUAAUAUGCAUAUUGUGGAUUGUAAAAGCUAUAUAUUGACAUUUACAUUUUUAUUUUAUUUUCUUUGCUUCAGACUUGUUGCAUUUUGAACAGGGAUUAUAUUUAGCUACCUAAAAUAUUAUUUUGUGGUAAACGUUGAGUCAUAACAAACAACUGGAAAAUGAAACUGGAGGAUGAAUACACAAAUUGUGAAGGUGUUGUUGAAGACGGUGAUUCUGUUCCCACAUGAAGUGUUUGUUACAUGCAGCUGUUACGUCUCUUUGUCCACAGCUUUUUUCCUCCUCACCACAGUUUAUUUGUUUAAAAAGGGAGAGCUGUGAAAAGCUUUAACACCAAAGCCUUUUUCAUUAAUUGUGUUUUAUUUACCACAUGCUUCAAGUUAAAAUGUGUUAUUUUCUUCACACUCACACAUGUUGCUAACUUUCCCUCACCAGCAUGUUUUUUUUUUCAUUCCAGCUGUGUCUUAACUCUGGUAGUGUUUCAGUUUAGGAGGAGAAACAGCCUCACAGAGCUUUACCAUGCUGUGGAAAUGGAUUGAGGAAUACAAACACUACAUGUAAAUUAAUAUGUGCAAGCAGAAAGGGUGUAAAAACUGUUGUAAUUUUUCUUGUCAUUCCAACUUUAUUUAUUCGACAUGAUUCUAUAUUAUAGUGAAUAUGAUGAUUUAAUUAUGCUACUUCUCUGUCAUUUUGUCCUCUGAGGGUUAAGACGAUUUGUGCUUUUUCAUGAUUUACUGUUGGGAGCAUUUGUUUGAGGCUAUCACUUGGGGGCAGCAUCACAUCAGAUCACG